AUUGCGAAACUCAAAGUUAGUGAAGCCACGCCACGCCUCGCCUCGGUCGGAAAUUCGAUUGGAAAUCAUCGAACCAACCAAAAUUUUAAGCCAGAAAUUGAAUUUUAUUUUGAACUCAGUUCAAGAGUUAAACGACAGUUGUUGGAGACCCUAUAGACUGGUAAGUUAGAGGGAGCCCUACAUGUAUGUGCAUCAAAUAGAAAAGCUUGGAAGAAAAACCUGAUACCAUCGACCUACCCAAUAGACCUAGUUGAUCGUCAUGGCAACCAGAGGCAUACUCUCACUACGAUUCAACCAAGACCAAGGUUGCUUCAGCUGUGGGACCGAGACUGGUCUCAGGAUCUAUAAUGCAGAUCCUCUUGCUCUCAAGCUGAGAUUAGACAAGGAAGAUGUUGGUAGUGUUUCUCAAGUUGAGAUGCUUCACAGAACAAACCUCAUUGCUGUUGUGGCUGGAGGUGGGACACCCAAGUUUGCAGAGAAUACAGUUCUGAUAUGGGACAACCUGAAGAAGAAGUUUAUCUUAGAAUUCACCUUCCCUGGCCUUGUACUUGCUGUUAGACUGACAAGAGAGAGAUUAAUAGUAGCACUGCGGACCAAAGUCUAUGUGUACAGCUUUCCUGAUAAUCCUCAGAAGUUGAUGGCCAUUGAUACACGACCGAACCCCAAUGGUAUAUUAGAAGCAUGUCCCACAUCAGAUCACCCGUUGAUCGUCUUCCCGGGCCACAAGUCAGGCAGCGUCCAGCUAGUUGACCUCUCCCAGGCACAGCCAGGAAAGUCGUCUGCUCCAGUCACCAUCAACGCACACCAGGGUGAUAUUCACUGUAUAGCAAUCAACCAAGAGGGCGGCCUUGUUGCUACUGCAUCUACAAAGGGUACUCUUAUUCGAGUGUUUGACACGCACAGCAAACGUCUAGUCAUUGAGCUUCGUAGAGGUUCGGACCCCGCUACAUUAUACUGUAUAAAUUUCAGCAAUGAUUCUGCCUAUCUCUGUGCAUCAAGCGACAAGGGAACAGUUCACAUCUUUGCUUUAAAAGAUACAUCAUUGAACAGACGGUCAUCGCUUGCCAAAGUUGGUCUUUUAGGACCCUACGCAGAAUCCCAGUGGGGGCUCACAAACUUCACCGUCCCAGCAGAAUGCGCCUGCAUAUGCGCCUUUGGUCCCCAGUCAUCCGUCAUUGCCGUCUGCAUCGAUGGAACAUUCCACAAGUACGUCUUCACGCCGGAGGGAGGCUGCAAUCGCCAGGCGUACGACGAGUACCUGGAGCUUGGAGAUGACGAUGAAUUCUGAUGGGGAUCAAGCACCUUCGUAAGGUUCUAUGCUUUCGAGAAAGGCCUCUGGAUGAUCUAAGAACGCUAACAGGUUUGGAGUGUAAGAGAAGACAUGAAAUGUUCAAUGUGCAGUCAUCACUGAUGCUACCUGAAAUGCCAUUGGAUGAUUUAAAAGUGUUAACAGGUAUACAGUGUUAUGUACAUGAACUGUUCCUUGAGGUGCAGUCAUAGCCAUUGCUAGCUUGUCAGCUCUGUUGUUACUGAACCUGUGCUGACAGGCACUCACGGAUCAUUUCAUGCAAAAGUUGAUGCAGGUGUUUCCAAUUAUGCUCACUUUGAAUUUUCUCAACCAUAACAUAAUUUUUUUUCAUUUUUUUUAAAAAUUUCAGUUAAAAAUAUGCUCUCGAUAAAUACAGUCCAAAGUAUCUUGGUUAACAUGGCCAUGUGAUGGUACCAUCGUCAUUCUAAAAGAAAAUCACCAUUGUAAGAAAUGUCUUUGAAAUUCAAAUGUUGUAGGUUCUUGGUGGUGAUGCAUGUAUAUAUAAUUCAAAUUUGCAAUGGAACAAGAGCAACGAUGUUGAGAAACAAUAGCCAACCAGUUUUGUUCAAAAUUUUUAUUUUGAAUUGAUAUCAAAUGUGAGUUUUGUGUAGAGAUCAUUUUACCAUCCACACACUGCCCGGUGCCUAUUUAUAACUGUUGAUUUUAAAGAAAGUAUGUCCAGAAUAAUUUGUGCAAAGUGAUCAUCCUAGAUGGCCUCGAAUUCAUUUCAAUUCUUAGUAACUCCUUGUAGACCUUACAUCAGAGUGUUGAAACACUCACAAGGAAGCCGAGAAAGUACGUACAUUGUGUGCAAUGCAAGUCGGAUUCCAAUGACUGGGGAAAAUGAUUUAUGUAUAAAGUGCUGUAAUAGAGACGUCAUUGAAAUGUAUUUAGAGCUAUGUAGAAGCAGAAUAUUAUUUAAGAAUACAGGGCAAAUUUAUGAAUGAACACGUUGACCCUUGUGGGUAGAAGUAAAGGAUAAGGCUUAAACACAAUGCAUUCACACUCCAGGAAGACCAUAGAUUACCCGACCCAUGCAUUUACUUUGCAUUAAGUUCACAAACACACGUGUAGCAGAAAUGACAGGGCUGCUAUUCCUUUCAUUGGCAUUUAAUCUGUGUAUUUCUCUGAUCAUUGGGUGAUAAAUAUUGAUACUGUCAAUCAAAUUUGAUGGAGCGGUUUGUGCAAGAUUUUAGCUUGUGUCGCACAUUGUUCAGAUGUGAACCGGGUUGCUGUCGUAGCUACAUGUAUUAAGAAUGGUAAGUAAUGAGUCCGUGUCCAAGUUAAAGUCCACUGUCAUGUCUGAGGGUUGGUUGAGGGGAAAGUCCUCGUUGAUCUUAUCCGGUUCAUCCAGUACCUGUUGGAUUGAUGGAUUGAUAUGUAGGUCUGAGCAAUAUCGAGUAUGAACAGACGAAUAUGGAUCUUGCACAAUAGUCCUAUUUGUAUUUAGGGGUAGAAGCUGUAGAAACAAAGAAUAUGAAUAAUUUGGCAAAGAUCUCUACCCCCAGUACUUUCUAAUAUAAAUUUUCUAAGGGAAGAGAUUAUGAGCUUUCCAAAGAAGUAGAUAGGUAGGAAUUGGGGGAUUAUAAGGCAUUGUCCCCCCCCCCCCCAGUCUAAAAAUGGUGUUGUAUGGCGAACUAGGACAUCUUCGCGUGGGUGUCUUCAAAAUGAGUGAAGGGCCUGAAAACUGUACUAUAAUUGAGUUUUAUCAGAAGCCAGUAUGUAACUACAAGGUGAAUCAAGAACAGAUGUUAUAAGCGUUUAUCUUUUUCAAUUCUCCAUGGCACCACCCUCCUCGACUUCAGUAGCAUCUGCAACUGCAGCAUCUGCAGCAACGACUUCGGCAGCGACAGCUGGAACUCCAGUCUCAACGUUAUCAGCUAUCUGCAAAUCAGAGCAAACAUUUAUUUAUGAAUGAAAUGUUCAUUUCAAUUUUACCAUAAAAAACUAGGGGUAUGAUAACCCCCCUCCUUAAAAACAACGCCUAUACAUACAAGCUCAUUUGGUGAGAAAAUGGCAUAAUGAAAAUUAUGAACCAAAAUUGUAUCUGCACAUAAGUAAAUAUUAUUGCCUGUCCAAAAAUAUUAAGUCUCGAGACCAAUGCCUAAAAACUUAUGUCUUGAAAAGCUAGGGUGGCAGUGAGGUGAAUCCGGCCACCCUAUCAACGAGGGCAAAACUGGACUAAUGAUCUGCUUUAUGUACAAUAUUGUUUUACAGAUAAUUUGGGCUGAAUAUUGGGUCAAUCCCUUUCAAAGGGCACAUACAAAUAACUACAGAAUUUUCACUCAUUCAAUCAAAAGAUAACUUUGAAAUACAGAUUUUUUUUACCCUAAUCCCAUGGGGGGGGGGGGGAGGGGCACAUUGUGCCUUCUUGUGGAUUCACUGGAUCAAAAAAGCCCAAUGUGAUUAGGGUUAAAGGUAUUGUUUAACUUUGUGAGCAGCCGAUUUAAAACAUUCUCAAACCAAGAUGAAACAUGUGUACAAGUGCAUGUAUUAGAACUAAUAAACCCUGAAAACAACCAUUAUUGAGAAUGAAAAGCUAAAACUACAAGGCAAACCCCGAUUUUGUAAAUAGGCGUCUUAUAGACGCCUAAAUAGUACACAUUAGUGUAUGGGAUGAAAUUAAGAUGGUGUUUUCGGUCACUUUAUAUUUCAAUUUUUGAAGCACUAAAUAAUUAUUUUCGAACGCAAUUUUUUCUGGGCUUCAUUUCUGUAACAUAUCACAGACACAGGUGACAAGUGUGACCUUCUAGCUCAGAUUUUUAAAAAGUCAAACCAAUGUUAACCAAUCACUUUAAUGUCCAAGCAACAAUCAGUCAAAAAAGGUAGAAUGCCCUUUGAAAUAGUAAAUUGAUCUGGUAUUAUCUUGCAACAUAUUUAUGUAUUUUGAUGAAAAUUUGCAUAAUAAUAAAUAAAAAAAGAGUACAAAAAAAUUAAAAGGAAUUUACCUUCCAUUUCCUCCCUCCUGGAAGAUAUGGAAUUCGCUUGGGAAAGUCCCAUAGGACUUCUUCAACCUUCGUCUCUUUGGCGCCCUGGUAGGUGUUUCAUAAAGCUGUUCGUAAGUUAAGAGCGACUUUAAGAACGACUGUUGAACCUUUCUUAUACGCUAAAUAAUCACCAAUGAAUAUAUAAUGGUGAACAUCAUUUACCACAAGAAAGGAUCACCAGCCGUUCUUAAAGUCUCUCUUAUCUCACGAACAGCUUUAUGAAAUGGCCCCCAGGUACAUGUAGGUCUUCACGCAGGUUCCUGAAAGACAGAAGUGCUGACCCCUUGGAUCAUUUUAUUAUUUUAAUUUUCUUUAUGAUACAUAGACAAUACAGUUUACACACCUUAACCCUAACAGAUCACUCAUAUUCAGAUAUUUUUUGUAAAACAUUUUACAUGGCUAUUAUCACUCGAUUGGUGCGAGGUACUUAUGCACCGGCCGGUCAGUGACAGUGGAGUGCACGCACAUCCUGCCGCCAUAGCCAGCCGCCCCCGGCCCACUGCCGGGAUCGGAACAAGGCAGUGGCAGUACAAAGAAAUCUGAAGCAGGCCUAGACCUCUAGUGCAUGCCGCGCUAUUCAACAAACUACGAAAAGAAAAUCAUAGAAAUGGUUAUGGUAUUUAACUUAACUGUUUAGCCUACUGCGAAUGUCUUUGAAGUCGUUGUCCGAAUAUGACCCGUGUUCUGUUAGUUGUUGAAAUAUUGACGGCCUCCUUCGCUUCAGCUGCUCAAAGCUUUUUCAAAUAUAUUGGCGGUUGCACUUGCAGUGCGCAGCUAACUGCAUUUCGUGCAUAUAUUUUUUCAUUAUUGAAAAAUAUAGUAUCCAUUUUAAAAUCGAUAAAAAUAUUCUAUUUCACCUGUAAAAAUAGCAAAAAAAUUGUCUCUGAGUUAAAAAUAG